GCAGCAAAACAGACCUCGCUAUGCUGGGGAACCAUUGAAUCUUCCGUGGCAAGAGCUAUCAUAGAGCAGGGCGUACAGGCAGGGUGAAGGCCAGGGAGGUGUUGCAUCUCUACUCCUCUAAGGUGCACCGUGCUGUGAGUGACUUCCCUGUUCCUGAGACCAUGAAGGUUCCACUCACGCAUGUUGUUCUUCAGUGCAAGGGACACGACAACAGCUGGAGAGGGGAAGAUACACCGGGAGAACGUAAGAAUGGAGACCAGCGCCGUCGUGCCAUGGCGUGCCAUGGCGUGAGCGGAGCUGUCAUCACCACAGGGUCUCACCGCCAGCAAAACCACCAACACCAACACCACAGUCCUCCCACCCUCAUCCCACACACCUGUACCACCUUCAGACUUCGAUCUAUACACCUUGGAAUUCACUACGGCGAGGGUUACUCGCUAAACACCAUUAACAAUCACCGCCGCCGCCGCCGCCGCCGCCGCCGCCGCCGCCACCACCACCACCACCACCACCACCACUCCAUGAACUUAUUUUCGAUUUGACACUCCCUACUGAGAAGGAUCUGCGGGCGUGUGUUGCUGAGGAGGAGAAAGAAAACAGGAACAAAAGUCUAAGUAGGAAGAGGAGCCGAAGACAAAGAGGAGGAGGAAGAGAAAGGAACACGAAUAUCAUAAGAACAGGUGUAUAAAAAACGAAGAAGAGGAGUAGUCUGAAAACGAAAAAAAAAAAAAGAGGUGAACAAAACUAAAAGAAAGAGGAGUAGAAAAACGAAGAAGGAUCAGGAAGGGAAGACUGAACAACAGGAAG